AUGCAGGCACUCGCCGCAGCGCCCGCGGCCGCGUCCGCGGCCGCGCCCGCCGCGCCCGCCGGCGUGGCGGACGCCGAUGCGGCGUUUCCCUACGCACUGCCCGACGCGGGCGACGACACGUGGGGCGGCGCCGGCGCCGGCGCCGCCGCGGAGGCGCGGCGCAGCGCGAGCGGCGCGUGCAACAUCAGCAGUGAGCCCAGCAACAAGCUGUUUGUCGGCAACAUUGGCUGGUGGGUCAGCGAGGAGGACCUGCACGCGUGGUUCAACCGAUUCGGCACCAUCACCGGCGUCAAGAUUAUGUACAACUCGCGCAAGAUGCACAAGCCCAAGGACAAGUGGCGCAGCCGCGAGUACGGCUUUGUCGACUUUGCGACGCCGGCGGAGGCUGCGCGCGCCAUCGUGUGGAUGGACGGGGCCGAGAUCCCCGAACUCAUGAAGGAUCGGGCGGGCAUCAUAGUGCAGUACGCGAAGCCCGCCAACGACUAA